AUAAUUCAACCAAAAAGCAGUGAAUGUUGAGGUGAUUACAUUAUAUAAAUAAGGUAUAUAGGUAUGAAUAUGUAUAUAUAAUAACAUACAUAAUAUAUAGUCUUGAUGAAAUGUGAAUUUACUAAUGGCAGAACUUCAUAUUAUUGGUCAAUUGCAAAGUGCUUCUGAUUUUAACGAUCCAAAUUCUUUAUUUUGCCGAUAUUCGUUCCAGACUGGCCCAAAUUGGACUCUUAUUUCUGGAUUUUCCGAAGGACAAACAGCAUCAGGUAAAGAAAACUUCAAAAAUAGUGUCGAAUGGGUCCAUCCCUUAGAUUUACAUUAUGUUUGUAAAGGCAUUCAAGGCUGGCCGAAGAUAAUUCUACAAGUGAGUUGUCUUGAUUCAAUAGGACGCUCAUGGGUAGUCGGCUACGGCUGCUGCGCUCUACCUUCUACUCCAGGAUACCAUACCAUUAAAGUUCCUUGUUGGGUUCCUGCUGCAACAACUGUGACUGAAAGAUUAAAACAGUAUUUCAUUGGUGGUGGUCAUGAAUUGACGCAAACAGAUAUAAUUAACUUAGGAAGUGACAGGUUCAAAUUAAUUACACAAUCAAGAGGAGAAAUUAAAUUAAAUAUAUGCAUAGUUUUAAGAAAUUUAACUCAGUUUGGGGUAGAAUAUAAAUGAACUAUGAAGCCUAUUACAUAUUUGUGUUUUACUUUGAUGUCCAUACUUAUUCAGUUUUGUCUAAUGGACUUCAUAAAUGAAAGAAUUCAGACUGGUGAUACAUUUAUUGAUCACAAAAAAACUGUUGCUAGAAACCUAAGCUUUGUGUUAAAAAAUAUAAAGGAAAAACCUCAUGCACUCUAUUAUCAAGAUGAGUCACAAAGAUUACAUAAGAAUAUUAAUGGAACAGAACAGAAAAAGUACAGC